UUACUUUAUAUUUUAUUUUUAAACCUUAUCCUUGCCAUGCACUAUUACGAUACAUCAUCAUCGACUCGUCUCUAUCGUCCACAACAGACCAAACGAUGCCGUCUGCAACCUCUGGACCACAAACCCCUCAUCUGCAAACCCUGCUGGAAUCGGCACGACCGUUCCUCCGGCGACAAUUCGAGAACGUCGAUGUCAAACUACCCUCCCUCAUCGCCGUCUUGAAAUCCGUCGGAGCCGGCGAGUGCUGGCACAAGCACGGCAGCUUCCUCGAUCAUCUCGUUGAUAUCUAUCGCAUCCUCAAGCUAUGGGGUGUGCCAGACGCGGUAUGCCUCUGCGGUCUCUUCCAUUCCGCUUACUCUAAUUCUUACGUAAACCUCGCCAUCUUCGACCCUUCGACUGGCCGCGACACAGUUCGGGAACACGUCGGUGAGGCGGCGGAGCGGUUGAUCCACUUGUUCUGUGUCGUGCCUCGCCAACAGCUCAUCCAUGAUGAUCUGUUGUUCCAAUACUCGGAUGAAUCGGAACUUGUUCAACACCUGAAGGAUUCUGAGAGAUCGUUGAUUAAUGCAAAAAAAGGGGUUUUGGAGAUUGGGGAUGAAAUUCAAGGGUGGAGGAAGAAAUUGCAGUCUAUUUUGCCUGCAGAUGGGAUCGUACUGAAGCAUAUUAAAACAGGCGAAGACGUGCAUCUGUCGAGGAAGGUAGUAGCGACUUUCCUGCUCAUGACGAUUGCCGAUUUCAGCGAUCAGCUGUUCAGUUUUCAGGAUGUAUUGUUCGAUAAUUCAGAUGGAAUGCUCAAGUUUUCCGGUAACGAUUGGGCAACCGCGUUAUGGCCGGGGGAUGGAAAGCCAGGACUAUGGAUGAAUUCCAUAUCAAGGAUGGGAGCAAUUUACACACUGAUCGUCAGAGAAGAACAAUUGUACUCGAUCGAACAACCACAAUUACAAUCACCGUCGGCCAACAACCGAGAUGAUGAACUGGAGCUUGUGACACCACCAAUUCUCGAAAAUUGCACCAAGAUUUUGAGCGCCAAGGAUCAGAUAGAGGCAAGAGAUCUGUACUGGGAAGGUGUUUGUGAAGUUUCAAAGAGAGGGUUGAACGGGUGUGAAGAGCAAUUGAAAAGGAGUUUGGAGAAGAACCCAUUCGUGGGAGAGCCACAUGUGGUUUUGGGGCAGAUUUAUCUUAGCCAAGGGAGGUUCGAAGAGGCGGAGAAGGAAGCGGAAGAAGGGCUGAAGCUUCUGUUAGAAUGGGGAAGUCCAUGGGAUAAAAGAAUGUCAUGGGAAGGUUGGAUUUCAUGGUGUAGGGUUCUGGUCAUGAAAGCCAAGGAGAAAUCAUGGCCGGAAACUUCUUGGGGAAUCCUCAAUUUGGGACUCGUUCGAUGAGUAACUCGCAAUGGCCGAGGUUCGUUUCCACAAAUUAGUUCGAAAUGCAGUAGCAGUAGUAAAAUAAAUCUAUUUUCUGCAUUCAAGAAACGAUUCUCAUGGCUUUUGCUAGCAAUAUUAUCUUAUAAUCAUGCCCAGAUGCAAAAUCUGUAGAUAAAGAUGAAAGUUUAUGAAAUAAA